AUGCCGGAUGCAGUGGUUGGCUACAGCAAUGGUGCGAUCGCUGCUGCGUAUGCAGCUGGUGCGCCCGCAGCUAAGGAAGUCAUUGCCACAUUGUGGAAGCGAGAGCUGGUGUCUCAGAAGCCGAAAAAGGCGGGAGACAUGGCGGCAAUUGGUCCGAGCGCAGAGGAAGCGUCCCCGCUGUUACCUGUCGGCGUAGUCGUGACUUGCGAGAACUCUCCCAAAAGCGCAACAAUUUCUGGAGAUGCAAAGGAAGUCCAUAAGACCGUAAAGUUCACUCAAGAGAGCCACCCUGAUAUAAGAGUGCGGGUGCUAAAAUUCGACAAGACCUACCACUCUCAUCACAUGUGGGAGAUUGGCAGCGAAUAUCACGCCAUGAUUAAGCCACAACUGGAGGGCAAAUCGCCUCUCAAAGACUUCUUCCCCAGUGGAACGGGAGACGAAAUAGAAGGACACCUGCAUGACGCGUCAGCCGUUGCCCACAUCCUCGAGUACUUUGACAUCAUUGCCUUCCUUGAGGUCAGAACUCACAGGGCGUUAGCUGGUCCAAUUAGGCAAAUCCCGACUCAGACAUCGACCUCUGCCCUUUACGCGCCAUCACUGGCGCGUGGUGCAAACUGUGUCAAUUCAUAUCUCAAGGCAUAUAGUCUUGUUGGGAUGAACAUUGCCGUUGACUUGGCCAAGCUGAUGUCCAAUGUUGCUUGCGUUGCCGAUAUUCCCAGAUACCUCUAA